UGUGCGUAAUGUUUUUUUUUUUGUUUUCAUUAACAUACUUGUGCAAGGAAGUGAAAAAUUACGGAAAAUCUAGUUGUUUCAAAGUACUAUUAUCAAAAAGAAAUGCUGAAAUUACUAAACAUUCUGUGCGUACUCUGGCUGAUCGAUGCAAGUGAGGCAAAAUAUGUCGAGGGUCAUCUGAAAACCAGUGCGGACUGGGCCUUUCUGGCUAGGUUUUGCUUCCUGUCCAACCAUGGUCAUUACCAGUACGAAAUUGAGUAUGAAAAACGGAUCGGCGAACUGAAACUGCUGCUGUAUUACGAUGAUAAAACCCAGUGGCCAGCAGUGUACAAAACCGAUAAGACUUGCAACGAGAAAAUUUCCGUCCUGAGUCCGAUCGAUAAUCAGAUCGUACCGCUGACCUACAGGAAUCAUUUGUACUCCGGGUGCACACUGAUAACGCCAAGCUCGAAGGACAGUGGCGGGAUCUUGCGACGACCGGCACCGGAACCCAGUAGUCCGGAACGAACACCACCAAAAGAAGACGAUUCAUUUUCCUAUGAUCAGUUCCUAAAAUCAAGUACCACAGAGGUCAGCGCCGGCACGGAUGGCUACGAGACUAACUUCACGGAAGUUGAUGGAAUGGAAACCAUGGAAACGAAUGCCACCGAGUUGGGCGGCGCUGGGGUAAUUCUGGUCCAAAAUGUAGGCUACAACAGUUUAGAGAACAGCACUGAAUACAAGGUGUUGGUUGAGGAACUGUUCCCGAAUGGGGAUGGUAAUGGCGUCAAUGUUAGUCGGAUUCGAAGGGCUGCCAAGCUGGAUCGGCUGAUUGUGAGUUGUACAAACCAUGGCACCUUUACCAGCUCGAGACAGCGAUGGUGGUACAUAGCGAUUGCUAACUGUGGCAGCAACAAGGGUUUGGAUGUGAUUUACAGAUUCCGAAUGACAAAUGGCGCUCUAGGAGAUUUUUGGCAUGAACACUUUUCAGCUGAUGAAAUGUAUAUUCCUCCGAUACUGCUGGUCGAGUCAAUCUCCUACACACUGCUGCUGUUGGCCGUGUUCCUGUGCGCAAUCGAACUCAAAACCCGCCAUUUGUAUCACUGCACUUAUCGACUGUUCGCUUUGAGUGUUCUACUCCAGUGGUUUGGAAUUCUGCUGCUAAGCGUAACCUGGGCGAAGUAUGCUGUCUCCGGAAUUGGACCUUUCACCAGCUUCGGAGGGUUCUUUACGAGUGCCAGUGAAAUCACAUUUCUGCUACUGUUACUGCUGAUGGCCAAAGGGUACACAAUUACUCGAGCUAGGUUGAAGACCUGUGCCACUGUUAAGAUUACAGUUUUCACCAAUUUGUAUGCCAUCGUCUACAUUUCCCUGUACAUCUAUCAGGCGGAAGCAUUCGAUCCCGGCGAUGUACUAAACCUCUACGAAUCCCCCGCUGGAUUUGGACUGGCCGGUCUUCGCUGCGUUGGUUGGGGUUUCUUCAUCUACUCGUGUGCUGCCACCAUCCGCAAGUUCACCGAGAAAGGACCAUUCUACUAUCCAUUCGCUCUACUAGGGUCUCUGUGGAUUAUGAGCGGACCGAUUUUGACCGUAAUUGGAGUGAAUGUUCUCGACCCAUGGGUGAGGGAAAGUGUAAUGCACGGUGCUCUCGGGCUGGUUGCCUUUAUGGGUCACUUGGCGUUUCUUUGGUUGACAUGGCCUUCAAGAGCUAACAAAAGCUUUCCAUAUCACGUGCGGACAAAUCACGUAGGCAUAUCUACAGUUGAUGAUGAAGUGACCUACCCCAGACACACCUACGAACCGGCUCCGCCGGAAGCAGGUGUUAUUAUUCCACUAUCGAGUAACACCGGCACUUUGAACGGAAUCUACGACCAGUAUCUGCGUGAGCGGAAUGUCUAUCACAGUGCAUCAACUCCCGUCAGCUACGUAUCGUUCCCAGUAGCAGCAAAAAACUUCAAACCGCAUGGCGUAAACCAUCACAACCACUCAAACAAUCACGUCCGAUCACUUUCCCGUCAUCAGCAGUCAACCAGCAGUGAUUCCAUGGCCGACGACAAUCAUUCAGCAAACAUUUUUAGUCCGCCGCAAAGUGCUCCGCAAAGUUUGGCAAUCAAUAACAACAAUAACAACAAUGACGACAACAACAACUAUGGUAAUGACAUUUUAGUAGACUCGGGUCAUCCCUCUUUGGAUAUUUCCAUUUCCACCAGUCCACCUAAAUAUGAUACACGCGACACUCUAAGCAACGGCCAUCUUAAAACGAGCGAUCACCCAAAGACAGGAAUGGUGGAAUCCGAUCAACAACCGACAGUGACGCCUUCUGCGCCUCCCGCUGCCGAUGAGUUGGACAUAAAUAGCCCACGGGUGGAACCGAAACCUUUCAAUCCGUUCAUUGUAGGAUCGAAUUCGUUGGGCGCGGCCGCAGAUGAACGCCGCCGGUUGUCGAAUAAAAUACUCCUGCCGAGUCUUGAUAGUGGCAACCACCAGCCUCAGCAUACCGAGGGGAGCACCGUUCCGAAGCACCUGUUUGCGGCCAAACGGGAGGAACGGACCAACUAAACUGCCGUACGGUACGUGGACCGGUUAAUCAGAUCUUUCAUGCUAUAAGCCGAAAGUUGAGUGCACGACAAAUGACUACUAAAAUCACAUGAACGCACUCCAAUUGUGAUAGUUUCGAGUGCCUUUGUAAAACUCUCAUGGUUGGUUGAUCCUCAAAUACAGUGGUGGGUAUGAUACUGCUAAAUUGCUAAUUCGCUAAUGAGCGGGGUGAUUUUCAAUUAAAAUUGGCGAUAUAUCGUUAUUAUAUACUUUUUUAUAUUGUUCCGAUCACACAUUAAAGAGCAACAUUCAUUUGCAUGCAAGGUCGCGAAUCAAGUAUAUUAUUCUACCCCUCAAGCUUGUGUGCAAUUAGCAACGAUGUGUUUUCAUCAAGCAUUAACUCUUGAAUUUGUUGAGUUUAUCUAUGUGAUCCUUUUUCGAGAUGUUGAAUUUUUGAUCAGUGUUGCCCACCACUAUUCAAAUAACGCAAUGAAAUAUUUCUAGUACUGCAUGUACUGCCGUUCUAAGCAAGAUUGGUAUAAAUUACGAUGAGUUUAAGUUGGUUCCCGGAUACAACAAGCGAAAAGAGGAUGUAAAUCUCUUCGAGGGUCGUAGUGUCACAGUAUAUUAUUUCUCUCUUUUCUUUGCAUGGCACACCUAGAAGUACAACGGUAGUACAUAGGGAUUUAUAUGUACAUUGAACAGCAUGUAUUCAUUGAACAAAAUAUA